AUGGUGAAAGGUACACUGAAUGAACUGUCUGAGCUCAAACAAUCAGGCUUCGGUCAGCCACAGCCAAGACAUGGCCUGAACCUGUUGUAUUGGUUUGCUCAUGAGUAUAUAGACUUCAGAAAUGGAAAAAUUGUCUUCAAAUAUACUCCUCAAGAUGAACGCUUUGGCUUUCAUAAGUUUGAAAAUGAUGAUAAUGACCGCAUUGUGCCCGUUCAGAAUCUCCCGUACUAUGAGGUGGGCAACCUGAACGCUCGAGGAGCAGACAAGCUCCCAGAUUAUGUCAGGGCAAAUUACAACCACAGCAAUCUUGACAGUAACAAGGAUCGCAUUAUUGUGUGCCAAGACACCAAUGGCAACCUCAACAGUGUGUAUGUGACUGAACACUUGAAUCAUAACUUGAAACUAUUCGACAGCAUUAGAACUUACUGCGUGAGCCAGGGCCUCCUCGAGACCAUCAACAACAUCACGAGUCUCGAGCAGUUUCUCAAACAGACAUCCAACACUCAAAAAGAUCAUGCCCAGGUCUCCAACACUGAAGAGGAUGUCAAAACAAGUAGAAAGCAGAUACGUGAAGAAAUUGCGCCUAAAGACAAUCCCUGCUCAUGUACCAUUCUUUAA